AUGGUUAAGUCAAUUUGUAGUUUUAUGACUCUACUGAGAGAUGCUUCUCUCAAGGGUUUGAUGAACGGAACUAAAAUUAUAAAAAUUGUGUGUGGUAAUGAAUCUGCUGAUAUAGAUUCUGUUGCAUGUGCUAUUGCCUACGCGUAUUUAAGUUACGAUAAUGACCAGAGAGAUACAUAUAUCCCCGUUAUAAAUAUUCCAAGAGAAGAUUUGAAGCUUAGAAGAGACGUUGUUUUCAUGUUGGAAAGCAUAUCUGUAUCGCUAGAUUCUCUAUUUUUUAUCGAUGAGAUCCGGAAAAUGAAGUUGGACAAUAUUAGGGUUGAAUCUGUUUUAGUGGACCACAAUGACUUGACCGGUGUUGCUAGAGAAGUCGUUGAUAAUGUAAUCGGUAUAAUAGAUCAUCAUGAAGAUAACAAUAUGCAUAAAGAGUCAAUUAAAAGGGCAAAUGGUCCCCGUAUAAUUGAACCGGCUGGUUCCUGCUCAUCGCUGGUGUUCAAUUACUGGCUGAACAAUCUUGGGAUUCAGCGUUUAAAGCCCUUAACUGAUAUUUCUAAACUAUUUUUAUCAGCUUUGUUAAUGGACACGGUGAAUAUGAAAUACAAGGUUACCAAGUUAGAUCCAGAAGCCUAUUCUAAUUAUGUUGACUUUUUACAAGGUAUGGACUUUGAACAUUAUUACGAAACUCUAGUAGCUAAAAAGGAUAUUGAUGGAUUACCCAUAGAAGGGAUUUUGGCAAAAGACUAUAAACAAUUUUCUUUUUCGAGCCACCAUGGUGUUGUCAAAGUCGGUACUUCAUCCAUUCCUCGGCCUCUUCAAUGGAUAUUAGAGCAGCAUGGAAAUGAUGAAUUUGUUCUUCAAUCGAGGAAAUAUAUAAUUAAAAAAAAUUUAGACCUGCUGCUCCUAGUGCACCAUUGGAUUUCAGCGGAUGUACAUUAUAGACAGUUCGUGGUUGUUGUAGACAAUGACAAGAGCAUGGAGUUAUCAGCCAAGAUAAUUCAGGCUAUUAAAGACGAGUUGCAACUUGAAAAGGUGGAAAUCAUAGUUCCGUUAGUUGAUGGUAUACUAACCUACAAUCAGCUUGCACUGAACAAAAGUAGGAAAACCGUGGUUCCAUUGAUAAGGAAAGCCGUGGAAGAACUAUAA